UUCAACAACCCAAGAACCGAAGAAUUGGACAGAAAGAAUAAUUUUUGCCUCACUAUUGAUUACAUGCAUUGUCUAUACAAGUUGGUUCUAUACGAUAAUUUUGGACAUUAAUUUUCGACCAAUAACUUCUGAAAUUUCAACUUUAGAAGAACUAGCCGCAUCGGACUUGACACCAAUAAUGGAUGAUGAUUUGAUUUUUGCACAUUCCUUCAGUGAAGCUAUUAACACAUUCGUGAAUGAUUACAAACCGCUUCAACAUAACCAAGAGGAAGAUUGUUUGAAAAGAUUGAUUAAUUAUCAGAAUAUCAGUUGUGUUCUUGUUAAUGCUGCAUAUCAUGUUAACAAGUAUGAAGCUAAAAAUGGCAAAUCAGAAAAAGUUAAAUUGAAAAUCUUAGAAGAAGCUGUUGCAUAUUCUACUAAUAGUUUCUCAGCAGUGAGUUUGUCACCUUUUAUCGAUCGAUUUAAUGAAUUAAUGCUUAAAGCUUCAGAAUUUGGAUUUCUUAAAGAUUUUUAUGAACCUGUUGUAGACCCAAUAACUGAAAUUAUUGAGCCAGAACUGAUUAAAAAGGAGAAACUUUUUCCCGUACUAUUUGGUGCAUUAAUUAUUGGAUAUUCUCUUUCGUUAAUUGCUUUUAUUUGUGAAAUAAUUACAUCAAAAAUUAAGAGAAAAUUUUUCAACAAACCAAAAUUUCGAUUUGUAAAUUAAAGACUGUGAUGCAAAAAAACUUUUGAUAACUUGAUUAAUAAAGUCAAGAACAUAUAGCUAUAUAGUUGACUUGAUAAAUAGAACGAAAACUUACAAAUCAAUUUUAUGUUGGGCUGAGCACUGAAGAAAAAAACAAAAAAUGGAUCAUUUUGGGGCUUCAAUUAUAUGAGAAGAAAUUUAUGAAAUAUCAGAGUGAAAGUUAUCAAAUUUUGUUCAAACUUCGCCAAAAAUGUUGUCAUUGUUAGAGAAAGUAUUAAUACCAAAAAUUAUUCAAAUUAAUAUAAAACAUUUUCUCAGUUAUUAUAGAUUUGUAAAAUAUUUCAACUUUUUGAGAACCUAGAAAUUAAAUCAUAACAAAAUUUUGAAACGCAAACUUGUUUAGAUUGAACUUCAUUAUAUAGACCCACUUUACAGCUAACAAUUUGUUACCUUUAAAUUAAAUCAAUUAAUAUUUUAAUUGAUUUUUGUA